AUGUCUGUGUUCAUCUGCGUGACCUGUGCUGCCCAGUACGAGGGGCAAGAAACACCGUCCUGCUGCCGCAUCUGCGAUGACGACCGGCAGUAUGUCGGCGAAAAUGGCUCCGGGAUUCAGGAGUGGACAACCGCAGGAGCUGUCGAGGACUCCGGCCACCGCAACAGUAUCACCCAAGUCAGGGAGGGCCUGCACGUCAUCGGGUUGGAACCCCCGCUGGGCAUCGGGCAGGUGGCCCACCUGAUCACACGGCCAGACGGCAACAUCCUUUGGGACUGCCUGUACCUGUCACAGGCGUCCGUGCCGGACAUCCAAGCCCUCGGGGGUGUCAGCUCGGUGGUCAUCUCGCACCCCCACUUCUACACGGCGGCUGCAUCCUGGGCGCAGACCUUUGGCUGCAAGGUGUACGUGCAUGCCGCCGAUGCGGGGUGGGUGACGCAGCCCUUCCCCAGCCUGCGGCAAUGGACGGGGGACAGGAUGGAUCUGGGUCCCGGGCUCACUGUGUACCGUCUGGGUGGCCACUUCCCGGGGUCAAGCGUCCUCCUGUGGGACGAGCAGGGGCGUGCGCCCGAGGGGGUGCUGUUCACAGGCGACACCAUCAUGCCCACUCCCCGGGGGGCCACCUUCAUGUACUCAUUCCCCAACAUGCUGCCGCUGCCGGCCGGGGAGGUCCGACGCAUGCGGGGCACUGCCGAGGGCCUCCGCUUUGACCAGCUGCGUGGCAGCUUCGCGCACAGAGUGAUCGAGGAGAACGCGCGAGAGGUGGUGCUGCGGUCUGCGGCCCUCUACAUCGGCCUCUUGGAUGGAACAGAGGCACGAACCUACUUUUAA